AUGGUGCCUAUGAAGCCUUGGUAUAGAGGUUUUAAAGGAACUAUUGAGGAAACUGCUUCCAGUGCACCGUCGCUGAAAGGCAUCUGGGAUACUGGCUCGGCGAACUCUAUGGUCUUAGAGUUCAAAAUGAGUGAAGAGAACGUGAUACUGGCUCGAAAAAUUCAAACUCACCAAGACAAUCAGUACAACCAAUAUGCAUCUCUUUGA